AUAAAACUCCCAGCUGUGUUGGUCAUCGUUUUAGGGAUGUAUAGUUGAUAAGUCAAAAGUCGAUUAAUGAAUUAGUGAAAAGUCGGACUGUAUAACACUAGUUUGUUUACCAUCCUAUCUGUCAUCUAUUUUGCAAAUUCGCAAAAAUACAAAAGAUAUACGCGUACUAAAACGUAAACCAAUUAUACAUUAAUUUUUUAUUACACAAUUUUUGCAUAAAUUAUUAACGUUAUGUAAAUCCAAGGCAUUUAUAUACGAAUACCACCAAACCAAGGCGUUGUCGCAAAAAGAAACGCAAAGCAAUAGUAGCAAAACAGGAUUUGACCACGUAUCUCUUUGGGAAAAUCGAGAGGGGCAUGGAAAAUCUUGCUUAACAACAUUGCCAGCCAACACCUACACAUCACAAAAAUUGGUGCGGAUUCAAAUAAAAGCAGAUAUGACCUCCUAAAAUAAGACUGAAAUACAAAAAUGUUAAAACUCAAGGAGUUCUUGAAAGGAUGUUGCUUGAUUUUAUGGCUUGUACUAAGUUCCAUGCCACAAUGCCAUGGAACUCAUGUACUGGCAGUUUUGCCAAGCGUUUGGAAAUCUCAUUACUUAUUUGGUUAUCAUUUGCUGGAGCAAAUGGUGCAACAAAGAAAUUACUCAGUUACUUUGGUAAGCCCUUAUAAAGGGGGUGGUCGUGAAAAAAGUUCCACAGAAAUGGAUGAUCCCAGAUUUAAGGAAAUACAAAUUGAUGGAUUGCUGGAGAAUUGGACGGAGAUGGGGCUGAGCUUUGACAUUGAAGAAAUGUACAGCAAAUCUGUUUUGGAACAUUUUACACGUUUGAUGUAUGCCACCACUAGUAACACAGAUGCAUUGUUACAAAGUCCAAAGGUGCGUGAGUUGCUGCAUUCACAACAACAGUUCGACUUGCUAGUUGUGGAUUUAUUCUUAAGUGAUGCUUUAAUGGGAUUAUCGUUUUUCUAUCAAAUACCUACUGUAGUUAUAAGUCCAAGUGGUUCCAACACUUGGCUCAAUCAACGUUUCGGCAAUUCUCAAAAUGCCGCCUUAGAUCCUAGUAAUUUUCUCGCCUACUCAAAACACAUGACCCUAUGGCAACGUAGUGUAAACACGUUAAUGGUUAUGUUUGAGAAGUUAACUUAUUCCUUUUUCCAUAUGAUCUCUCAACAAGUUGUCUACACAAAACACUUUGAACCUCUUUGCCAAAACUCCCCCUGGUGUAAUACUUUACCCGACCACAAGGACCUCAUUCAAAACCUAUCAUUAGCUUUAAUCAAUACACAUCCUGUUCUACAAUAUCCUAGAGCAUUUUUGCCCAAUAUGUUAACUAUAGCUGGAGUCCAUCUCAAAAAUGAUAAUGACAAUGAGCUUGUUUUACCCACGCAUUUGAAGGAAUUUAUUGAAGAAGCUGUCCAGGGGGUGGUCUAUAUUAGCUUUGGAGCCAAUGUUUAUGACUUUCCCCAGGAAAAAAUAGAGUUGUUUUUAGAUGUCUUUGAAACACUGCCCAAUAUGCGUUUUAUUGUCAAAUACGAUGAAGACGAGCCUUUGGAAAUGACUUUGAAUGUAAGCAGCAAAGUUAUGGUACAAAACUGGUGGCCUCAACAAGCUAUACUGGCUCACACUAAUGUUAAGCUGUUUAUAAGUUCCUGCGGCUUUAUGAGUGUAACUGAAGCAAUAAAUUUUGUCAAACCUAUUUUGGCUAUACCCAUAACACCAGAGCAACAUGUCCUGGCUAGAAACCUACAAGAACAAGGUUCAGCCUUUAUAUUAAAUUAUAACGAUCUAUCCUAUGAUCAACUUUUGUUUGCUAUAAACGAAACAUUGACCAACACCAAGAAAUACCACGACUCGUUGUCGGUACUUAAAUCUCAACUCACCGAAGAUAUACUGGGACUGAAACCAAUGGAUAAAGUUAUAAAUGCAAUUGAAAUGACACUCACGACCAAAGGCCUGAAAUAUCUGAAAACACAUUCUCACCAUCUGAAUUUUUGGAGUUCAAUACUUAUGGAUGUCAUGCUUAUUUUGCUAUUUGGCCUGUUGGCUAUUUUGGCCAUUCCCUUCCUUUUGACCAGUUGCAUUUUGCGUAAAUCCUAUCAAAAUCAAUCGACGACCAACCUUACCAUGUUAAAAAAUCAAAUACGUUAUCAGCGCCAGGUAAAUGAUUUCCUCAGCAAUUGCUCUAAUCCGAAGCAUAGACAUGCAAAUGAAAGUGGUGAAGACUUGUCUUUAAAAACGGUGCGUCGUUCAUCUUCAAACUCGGAUUUGCAGCGUAAGCGUUUAUCCUCAGCUUGUUCGCAUAGUUCCUCGUGUUUCUAUUGCUCUUCGGGUUCGUCGUCAGCACCGGGCACACCUUUAACACGAGAAUCGCCCUCCUUCAGGAAAUCACUGGAAUCAAAUGACACUCAAUAAGUAGAAUUUUUUGAAAAAAAAAAGAAAAA